UUGUGCUUUUGCUCUUCCAUAGGAACUUUAGAAUUAACUUGGCAAAUUCCAGAACAGAACCCACUGGGACUUUCAUUGGAAUUGCCUCGACCUUUUUUUUUUUGUUUUGUUUUGAGAAGAGUCUUGCUCUGUCGCCCAGGCUGGAGUGCAGUGGUGCAAUCUUGGCUCACUGCAACCUCCACCUCCCGGGUUCAAGUGAUUCUCCUGCCUCAGCCUCCCAAGUAGCUGUGAUUACAGGCCCGCGCCAGCACGCCCAGCUAAUUUUUGUAUUUUUAGUAGAGAUGGGGGUUUCAACAUUUUGGCCAGGCUGGUCUUGAACUCGUCGCCUCAAAUGAUCUGCGUAUCUCGGCCUCCCAAAGUGCUGGGAUUACAUGCGUGAGCCACCGCGCCCAGCCUAGAGCUAAAGUUUUGAAUCUUUAGCUUUUGCUGGUAUUAUGAAGGGGGUUGUUUUGUUGUGCUUGUUGCUUCUAUUUUCUAAUUGAUUAAAAAAAAUUAAGAUGGUGGGGGUGGUCUCGUUAUGAUAUCUACGCUGUUCUGGAACUCUUGGUCUCAUAGAUCCUUCUGCUUUAGCCUCCUGAGUAGCUGGGAUUACAGGUGAGGGCCACGAAGCCUGGCCUCUAAUUAAUUAUCGGUGAUGUAUAAAAAGAACAGACCUUCUUCAUUCGAAUCCCGUCUUCUCCAUCUAUUAUAUGAUUUUGGACAUGUUUGUUCAACUUCUCCGAGCCUUUGUUUUCUUUUUACCACAUGGGGAUCAUAAAGCCGGAAUGCAGUUGGGAAUAAAACCGGAUAAAGCACCCAACGAACAAGAUCAGGGCAGGGCCUGGGUAAAAGGUUUGAGAAGACACAUGCACGGUUGGGAAGGACGCUACGGGCGAGUCUAUGUUGCAUGCAGGAGACUCCACGUUAAGACGAGUGAACUCCUCUGAACCUUCAAGGGAUAAUGCACAACCAUAACAAGAAUAAUUUUUAAAAAUAAAGUUUUAUUCCCUGAAAGCCUGGGGAUGUCCAGGAUGCGCGCCAUUCUGUGAUCUAAGUCGACUUUCCACCUCUUCAGUUGGUACCACCUUUCCCAAAGAGUUUGGAGCAGAGCACUCCGGUCUUCGUAGUAAUUUACUCCUAAGGGCUGGUCCAGUGGACUCACGCAGGCGCAGGAGACUACACUUCCCGGGAACUCCCGGCCUCGUUGUUCGCUGGUACCGCCUUCUGACUUCCGGUAUUGCUGCUCUCUGUAGGGCCAAUCGGGAGCCUGGAAUUGCUUUCCUGGAGCUCUGAUUGGUGCAUUCGACUAGGCUGCCUGGGUUCAAAAUUUCAACGAUACUGAAUGAGUCCCGCGGCGGGUUGGCUGGCGCUUCGUUGUCAGAACUGAGGAGAGGCUAGAAGGUGACCUGCUGAGAAAAGUGGUACAAAUACUGGGAAAAACCUGCUCUUCUGCACUAAGUGGGAAACAAUGUCACAAGUUAAAAGCUCUUAUUCCUAUGAUGCCCCCUCGGACUUCAUCAAUUUUUCAUCCUUGGAUGAUGAAGGCGAUACUCAAAACGUAGAUUCAUGGUUUGAGGAGAAGGCCAAUUUGGAGAAUAAGUUACUGGGGAAGAAUGGAACUGGAGGGCUUUUUCAGGGCAAAACUCCUUUGAGAAAGGCUAAUCUUCAGCAAGCUAUUGUCACACCUUUGAAACCAGUUGACAACACUUACUACAAAGAGGCAGAAAAAGAAAAUCUUGUGGAACAAUCCAUUCUGUCAAACGCUUGUUCUUCCCUGGAAGUUGAGGCAGCCAUAUCAAGAAAAACUCCUGCCCAGCCUCAGAGAAGAUCUCUUAGGCUUUCUGCUCAGAAGGAUUUGGAACAGAAAGAAAAGCAUCAUGUAAAAAUGAAAGCCAAGAGAUGUGCCGCUCCUGUAAUCAUCGAUGAAAUUCUACCCUCUAAGAAAAUGAAAGUUUCUAACAACAAAAAGAAGCCAGAGGAAGAAGGCAGUGCUCAAGAUACUUCUGAAAAGAAUGAAUCUUCCCCAGAGAAAGCCAAGGGUAGACAUACUGUGCCUUGUAUGCCACCCAUAAAGCAGAAGGUUCUAAAAAGUACUGAGGAGCAAGAGCUGGAGAAGAGUAUGAAAAUGCAGCAAGAAGUGGUGGAAAUGCGGAAAAAGAAUGAAGAAUUCAAGAAACUUGCUCUGGCUGGCAUAGGGCAACCUGUGAAGAAAUCAGUGAGCCAGGUCACCAAAUCAGUUGACUUCCACUUCCGCACAGAUGAGCGAAUCAAACAACAUCCUAAGAACCAGGAGGAGUAUAAGGAAGUGAACUUUACAUCUGAACUACGAAAGCAUCCUUCGUCUCCUGCCCGAGUGACUAAGGGAUGUACCAUUGUUAAGCCUUUCAACCUGUCCCAAGGAAAGAAAAGAACAUAUGAUGAAACAGUUUCUACAUAUGUGCCCCUUGCACAGCAGGUUGAAGACUUCCAUAAACGAACCCCUAACAGAUAUCAUUUGAGGAGCAAGAAGGAUGAUAUUAACCUGUUACCCUCCAAAUCUUCUGUGACCAAGAUUUGCAGAGACCCACAGACUCCUGUACUGCAAACCAGACACCGUGCACGGCCUGUGACCUGCAAAAGUGCAGCAGAGCUGGAGGCUGAGGAGUUCGAGAAACUGCAACAAUACAAAUUCAAAGCACGUGAACUUGAUCCCAGAAUACUUGAAGGUGGGCCCAUCUUGCCCAAGAAACCACCUGUGAAACCACCCACUGAGCCUAUUGGCUUUGAUUUGGAAAUUGAGAAAAGAAUCCAGGAGCGAGAAUCAAAGAAGAAAUCAGAGGAUGAACACUUUGAAUUUCAUUCCAGACCUUGCCCUACUAAAAUUUUGGAAGAUGUUGUGGGUGUUCCUGAAAAGAGGGUACUUCCAAUCACUGUCCCCAAGUCACCAGCCUUUGCAUUGAAGAACAGAAUUCGAAUGCCCACCAAAGAAGAUGAGGAAGAGGACGAACCAGUCUUGAUAAAAGCUCAACCUGUGCCACAUUAUGGGGUGCCUUUUAAGCCCCAAAUCCCAGAGGCAAGAACUGUGGAAAUAUGCCCUUUCUCCUUUGAUUCUCGAGACAAAGAGCGUCAGUUACAGAAGGAGAAGAAAAUAAAAGAACUGCAGAAAGGGGAGGUGCCCAAGUUCAAGGCACUUCCCUUGCCUCAUUUUGACACCAUUAAUCUGCCAGAGAAGAAGGUAAAGAAUGUGACCCAGAUUGAACCGUUCUGCUUGGAGACUGACAGAAGAGGUGCUCUGAAGGCACAAACUUGGAAGCACCAGCUGGAAGAAGAACUGAGACAGCAGAAAGAAGCAGCUUGCUUCAAGGCUCGUCCAAACACGGUCAUCUCUCAGGAGCCCUUUGUUCCCAAAAAAGAGAAGAAAUCAGUUGCUGAGGGCCUUUCUGGUUCUCUAGUUCAGGAACCUUUUCAGCUGGCUACUGAGAAGAGAGCCAAGGAGCGGCAGGAGCUGGAGAAGAGAAUGGCUGAGGUAGAAGCCCAGAAAGCCCAGCAGUUGGAGGAGGCCAGACAACAGGAGGAAGAGCAGAAAAAGGAGGAGCUGGCCAGGCUACGGAGAGAGCUGGUGCAUAAGGCAAAUCCAAUACGCAAGUACCAGGGUCUGGAGAUAAAGUCAAGUGACCAGCCUCUGACUGUGCCUGUAUCUCCCAAAUUCUCCACUCGAUUCCACUGCUGAACUCAGCUGUGAGCUGCGGACACCGCCUGACAAUGGGACCUGCUCUUAAUAUCAAACCUGAGACCAUCUUGCUUUGUUACUGGGCAUGGAGAGAACCCAUUUCUCCAGACUUUUAGCUACCCAUGCCUGAGAAAGCAUACUUGACAACUGUGGACUCCAGUUUUGUUGAGAAUUGUUUUCUUUUUCAUUACUAAGGCUAAUGAGACAUAACGCAUGUAUGUCUCGAUUAGACUCCAUGUAGUUACUUCCUGUAAACUUAUCAGCUGGCCCUUUAUAUGGGUCUUCACUCUGAUUAGAAUUUAGUCUCUGUGUCAGCACAGUGUAAUCCCUAUUGCUAUUGUCCCUUACCAUUCUCCCCCUCCCCCCACUUUUUUUUUUUUUUUUUUAAAUUUUAACCAGAAAAUAAAGAUAGUUAAAUCCUAAGAUAGGGAUUAAGUCAUGGUUUAGAUGAGGAACAAUCAAUAUAUCAGAUUCUGUCCUCUUCCCUGCAUACAGUGAAUUUAUAGUUAAGGAUCCCUUUGCUGUGAGGGUAGAAAACCUCACCAGCUGCACCAGUGAGGAAGAAGACUGCGUGGACUCAUGGGGAGCCUCACAGCAGCCAUGCAGCAGGCUCUGGGUGGGGCUGCCGUUAAGGCAUGUUCUCUCCUUAUUGGUGCUGAUAAGAACAGGGAACCAGUACAGUGUGCAUUUUAAGACCUAGCCUGGAAUAAAUGUUUUGUCUUCCCUC